ACUCUGCAGUGUUGCGUCUGACACAAAACUGCCAGCAAUGCCAGAAGCAUCCGCCUAAAUAAUAAACUUCAUAGAAAAUAAGUGAAUUGAAAUAUUAAUUUUUCUUGAUAGUUGAGCUGUUAAUCAAUUUCUUUGUGUAGAUAAGCUACCUAGAAUGUUCGCGUGAUCGUGAAGGCAAGUUCAUUUAAUUUUCAGCAAUCGGCUGCAGGCCCGCAAGUGGCAGAACUCGAGAUAAAUCAAAAGUUGCUAUGGCAGCACUAACUCAUCUGAGUGGCAAAGUUCAUCAUUAGCCAGCCCAGCUAAGUCAACACAGAAAACUACAACUAACUACACACACAUCUAAAUCAGGAUGGUCUCGUACGCCAAGUACAGCCUCGUGCCCACGGACGAGCCUGACAAGACAGCGUCAGCAGCCUUCCCGGAGUCAGCCAAAGCAGGUGGGGGGGAAAACCUCCCCUCGUCGGGGGGUGGGGGGAUUUUGGGGAGCAUUUUCAGUAACACCCAUAAAGCCCCUUCUAUGAACCGCUCUACCCUCCCCCCUCCCCCCAACUCCGCGUUCGAUUACACCUCCGCGUUCAACUUCAAGUCCGCGUUCGACUACAACUCCGCUAACCCCGGCCAGUAUCAGUCCGCCUUCGACUACGGCUACCGCAAGGACCCAGCGGCCGCCAACAUGGCUGCCACCGGUAACAAGGCGGUGCGUCGGUCAGUAUGGCGGGAGACGUGCGACGCGACGCGCUGCCUCAGCGCCAUCGUCACAGCGCUGAGCCUCGUCUUCAUCGUCCUGACGUUCCCCUGCAGCCUGCCCUUCUGCCUCAAGCGCCUCGAGCAGUGGGAGCGCAUCGUCGUCUUCAGACUGGGGAGGCUGCGGGGGGUGUUCGGCCCCGGGCUUGUGUUCGUGAUCCCCUGGAGUGACCGGAGCAGCAGAGUGGACAUGCGGACCAAGGCCUUCUCUGUCCCUCCCCAGCAGGUGGGUGUUGCUGGUGUUGCUGGUGUUGCUCCCCAGCAGGUGGGUGCUGCUGGUGUUGCUCCCCAGCAGGUGGGUGUUGCUGGUGUUGCUCCCCAGCAGGUGGGUGUUGCUGGUGUUGCUCCCCAGCAGGUGGGUGUUGCUGGUGUUGCUGGUGUUGCUCCCCAGCAGCACUGCAUCAGGUACGUCGUGACCAAGCGCUGCGUCAGGUACGUCGUGACCAAGCACUGCGUCAGGGAGCUGGAGCGUGACAGGGCGGGGCUGGCGCAGCAGGUGCAGCGCGACCUCAACGCCAGGGUCCUCGAGUGGGGCAUCGAAAUCGGCCACGUCGACAUGAGUCAGGUGACGGUGCUGAAGGAGCCUGAACCCAACGACCCCCUGAAGCCGUUGCUCGGCGCCCUGGGCUCCUUUGCCGGCGGGGGCGCCGCGGGGGCCGCUGGGGGGGGCGGCGCCCUUGGGGCAGCAGGGGCGGGGGGCGCCGUGUCGGGCGCCUCUGCGCUGCUAAGCGGCCUCCUGUCGGGGGGCGUCGCCCCCCCAGCGGCGCCCCCCUCCAAGGGCGCCUCUACGGUCCUCAACAUCCCCGGGCUGGCGGGGAGUCCGGGGGCAGGCAACGGCCCCGUCAUGGGGGGAGCCCCGCGCCCCCCACAGAUGCCCCCCAUGUCAGGCGCGGGCGCUGCGUACGGCGCCCCCACGACGCCUCUGGGGCAGUACCUGGCGUCGCUGGUGGCGGCGCCCACGGCGGGCGCCCUCACGCACGGCGUCUACAGACUCGCCGUCGAGCGCCCGCAGCUCCCGACGUGCGUCUUCGUCAUCUUCGUGGGCGCCGGUGCCCGGCAGGUGGUGGAGGGGGAUAUCCCCUCCGUAACCCCCGACGUGAGCGUGACGGUGUCACAGGAGGACCUCUACGCCAUCUUCUCGGGGGCGCUGCCGCCCUUGCAGGCAUACCUGUCGGGGAGGCUGGGGGUGCAGGGGAGCGUGCAGAUGCUGGUGGGGUUGCAGGUGUUGCAGGAGGUGCACCAGAGCCUCACCCCCGCGGGGGGAAAGGGGGGGACCUUCGUCGUAUAGGAGCAAGCGGGGGGAGGGAAGCCCAAACGGGCCUAGGAGGGCCGGGGGGUUACGUAUCCUUACGACGAUGGUCGUAAGUCGUACGGUGAUGCGUAAGUUGUACAAUGGUCGUAAGAGGUGCCAUGGUCGUAAGUCGUACGGCGGCUGAUAUACGGUGAUCGUUGUACGGCCUAUACGGCUAUACGCCUAUACGGCUGUGUGCCUAUACGGCUAUACGCCUAUACGGCUAUACGCUUAUACGGCUAUACGGCAGACGGCUCUCAAACUUACGAUGAGCUCUGAGUAUGGGACGGCCGUGCCCGUACCCGUGCCCACGUGACGGCCGCAUUAAAGGCGGCCAUGGCAGCUACCCACCACCCCCUCCCUCCUUCCUCCCCUCCCUGCCCCCGCUUGCUUAGUCAUCGUCGAGCUGGAUGACGUCAUCGUAUAGCUUGAUGACGUCAUCGUCAUGCUUGAUGACGUCAUCAAGUUACGUUAGGCUUAUAGCUAUGCUACAGGCCCAACGUAUUCAUAUUUUUAAUUAAGUUGAAACUUAUUUAGAUAUUUAUUUCCAUUUCAGCUUAAUUAAAGUUCAAUAGCGUUGGGCAAUCGCUUUAACUUUUACUGGCCUGUAAACUCACAAGCCUGGUAGGAAUAACAUUGCCUGGUAGGAAUAACAUGCAGAUAAUGCAGAGCGUUGUUUCUCAUGGCUUCAAUAUCUCCACUCGUAGCUAUGGUAGGAAUAACAUUGCCACAGAUAAAAAUA